AUGCUGUCCGUAAGAUCCAUGGAGGAUAGGCUGUUCAACUUCAAAUCUAUUAAAGAGAAAUUUGAGAAAACGAGGGUGGGUGGCGGAGUCCAGAGGAGCGCCACGCAUGCUGAAAUGCCACACCGAGGGGGCACCAUCGCCGAAAGGUUGGCAGCACUGCAGGCGGCCGGCGCGAAUGACUGGCGAGCCCGCGUCUGCCGACUCAGCCCCGAAAGGGAAGACUCUAAAGCCAUCGAGAGAGCCAAGAACCGCAUCAACGCCGUGUUGUCCUCUUUGCCUUAUAAGGUGGCGCGCGGCCCUUGCCUUAACGAGCGCUGUCGGGAGGAGGUCGGCAGCGAGUCUAGGUGCGGCUUCGGGGACUUUUCGGGCGGCCGUAGCAAGCGGGUCGAGUGCUUGGCUACGUCGGCGAUCCGGCCGCUUUGCCAGACCAUCGGGCACCGGCAGUCAGUUGUUUUGGCGGCCUCGGUCAACGUGCGCGCGCGCAUCACCGCCAUACGCAUACCAAUUGUCCCGCGCCUCCAAACGCAACCAGCUGGACUUAACUUUGGUUCUGUUAUUGGAGAGUUAAAAAGUAAAACUAGGAGCGCGAACGGCGGCUUGAAGCCUGUCUUCAGGAAGUUCGAAACCGAUGUCGUGGACAAUGUACAGGAAUCGCUAAAUUCUGUGGAGGACAAAAAGAAAGUUCACAUAGAUGAAAAUGAAUUGGGGUCCAACAUCUUGGCUGAUAGAAGAAACAAACUUGAAACUGCCGCACAGGGUUGGCGCAAACGCGUGCCGCAGAGCGACGCCUCGCUGUUCACCGUGGCCGGCCGGCUCGAGAGGGACAAGGUCACGACCGCAACGCCCCCCCUGACCCCGCCGCCCGUUGCGCCGCAGGUCGCCUCGCCCGGAAUCCCGCCGCCGAAUAAGUUUAGGUCCCGCAAAGCGCCAACGUCGCCGACGAACGGCUUCGCGUCGGGCCCACUUCGCUCGGCUUCGUGCGCCGUCGUAGGCGCCGCGGAAGCCCAGCCGAAGGAGGCGCCGCGGGUGGACCGCGAGUCCUUCAAGCGGAGCCAUUCAGUCAGCGAGAGCAUCAGCAGGCUCGAUGAGAACGAGGAGUCUCCCGGAGCGGAGAAGACGGGAAGCGCUGUGCGCAUUCCUAAGGCCGAUGACGAGACCUUCCACGCGUUCUUCGCGCCGCUGCAGGCCAGGGAGGGCGCGCCCGCCGAGCUGGACCUGGACCUCGACCUGGACGCCAUCGACAGCGGAUCGAGGCAGCUGCUCGCCGGCGAGUGGGCGCGCCGCGCUAAAAGGGAGCGUCGGCACGCGGCCUCGCGCAACCCGCUGCGCGCCCUGGCCGCCCGCACCGACCUCCGCCAGGAGUACCUCGCCCAGCCGAACACGAUCCGCGACCAGCUCGUCAAGGAGAGGGCGACGGCCAACUGCGGCUUAGCAGCAGAGGCCCUGGCCGCGUUGGCUAGCAAAGAGGACUUCUCCAGCGUGGCCCUGAGGAGUGCUUCCUCCGCCAAUAUCCCGAGCCACGGCACCAAACCGCUCAUGCUGCUACACGUCAAGGGAAGGAGACGAGUGCAGACAAGACUAGUUGAGCCAGUGCACGCGAACGUCAAUCGUGGCGAUUGCUUCCUACUGGUUACUCCCGACCAAGUUUUCUUGUAUAUUGGACUGUAUGCCAAUGUGAUCGAGAGGAAUCGUAGUACCGACAUCGCUUUACACAUUCACAACACCAAAGAUCUCGGUUGCAAGAACUCGAUGGGGGUGAUCAAGAUCGACGAGCAAACCAAGAACUAUUCGAACAAACAUUGGAACCAGUUCUGGUCGCUGCUCCGAGUCACGGAAGGCGUCGAGGACUACAAGCCGGUCGAAGCCGGCCACGCCGAUGAGGACGAGAUCUUCGAGUCCUGCAUAGUCCAGACCAACAUGUGCUACGAGGUGGCGGACGACGAGCUGGUGCCGAUAAAGGAGUACUGGGGCCAAGUGCCGAGGAUCGCGAUGUUGCACCAGACGAAGAUCAUCGUGUUCGACUUCGGCUCGGAAAUGUACAUAUGGUUCGGGAAGAACGUGCCGCUCGAGAGCAGGAGGCGGGCGGCCCAGCUUGCCCAGGAGCUCUACGACGACGGCUACAACUACGAGGAGUGUCACGUCAACCCACUCAAUGCGGCGGUAUACCAAGGAGCCAGGGAGGAAUCCACCCCGCUGGUGAAAGCGUCCAAAUCCAGACCCGAGUGGACGAUACUGUCCAAAGUGACGCAGCACAUGGAGACGAUACUAUUCAAAGAGAAGUUCCUCGACUGGCCCGACUAUUCCCGCGUCAUAAAAGUGAAGCCGCAAGAGAACAAGUCGAACAGCGUCGAGAUAGCCCCCUGCGAUGCCGAGGAAAUGUGGUCGAACGAGUACCAAGACCCCGAUCUCAUAUUGGAGGGGUCGCAUCUCGGACGCGGCACGCACUAUUACGACAAGGACUCGAUGCGGCAUUACGAUAUAAAAACGAAAUCCGUCUGCAAGUGGGUGAUACAGGAGUACGACUACCAGAAGGUGGAGAACGCAUCGGACGUAGGCGAUUUCUACUCGGGCGACAGCUACAUCAUCCGAUGGGAGUACCAGAUCACGGUCACCGGUCGCGAGUUGAACGGGAAACCGUCCAAACACAAUUUGACCGGCAGGGACCGCUGCGCGUACUUCUGCUGGCAGGGGAGGGACGCGUCCUCCAACGAGAAGGGCGCCGCGGCGCUCCUCACGGUGGAGCUGGACAGGGAGAGGGGGCCCCAGGUGAGGGUCGCCCAGGGGGCGGAGCCGCCCGCCUUCCUCAACCUCUUCAACGGCGACCUGGUGAUCCACCAGGGUAAGAAGGGGACCCACGGCGGACGCUUCAAGCUGUUCGUGACCCGUGGCAACGUUCCGAACGAAGCGUACCUGCUGCAAGUGCCGUGCUCCGUCAGGCAACUGCGCAGCCGCGGCUCGCUGCUGCUCGUCGACACGGAGAACGCGCACCUGUACAUCUGGCACGGCAGCCGGAGCCUGAAGCACACGAAGGGCGUCGCGAUCGAGCUCGCCAACAAGCUGGUGGCGCGCGCGUCCGCACAGCUCUUCGGCGGGAGGGCGGCCGAAGUGAGGAUAACGGAGGUAAAGGAGGGGGAGGAGCCGAAGGAGGUGCUGGACGCGCUCGGCGUGGCGAACAAGCAGUACUACAACUCGGUGCUGUGCGCGCGCGACGCGAGCGGCGACACCACGCUGCGGCUGUUCCACUUCACGGACCUCGGCGGGCAGUUCGAGGCGAACGAGGUGCUAUCGCCGCUGCGACACGAACAACUUGUCACGCCGUUCCCCUUCGAGCAGAGGGAGCUGUAUUCCGCAUCGCAGCCCGCGUUGUUCCUGGUGGACGAUGGGCAGGCGGUGUGGCUGUGGCAGGGCUGGUGGCCGCGGGGUGAAGAUGGCGAACUGGAGCCGGCAGAGAUCAAUGCUGGCGUGGGCGCGUUCGCGGCGCGCUGGCAGGCGCUGCGCGUGGCAGCCCUGCGCACGGCGGAGGCGUACUGCGCGGCGGCGGGGCGGGGCGACGUGCGCGUGGUGGCCGCCGGGUUGGAGCCGGCCGCCUUCGCGCACCUCUUCGACACCUGGCACGAGCACGACCAGGCCGCCGAGGCCAACAUCGCGCACGGGUACAAGGCGGGCGAGGCGAUGUCGGGCCGCUGCGAGCUCUCGCGGCUGGCGAGCUGCGACGCGCUUUUGCCCCUCGCAGCGCUGCAGCGCCGCCCGCUGCCCGACCACGUGGACCCGCACCACCUCGAGCGCCACCUGGCCUCGCCCGAUUUCACGGAGGCUUUCGGCAUGACCAAAGAGGAUUUCGCUGCGCUGCCGGCCUGGAAACAGACCAACCUGAAGAAGGACGUGGGCCUGUUU